AAAAAAUUAGACCUGAUCCUUCUUGUAUCUCUUUAUGGUCGUCGUUUCGUCUUUACCCUUAAACCCUUAGAUCGACCAGUUCUUCCCUCCGCUCCGCCUUCCAUGUGCCACCUCCGUUCAGUGUGUGUGGGCUGAAAAUGACCUCAUCUCCAUUCCUUACCUCCACCAUUACAUUUUCACCACCACUUCCUCCAUCUUUGAAUUCAUGAAGCCCUAGAUUUUGCCUUAUCUCCUUCUCGUCAUCUUUGAAUCCAUGAAGCCCUAGAUUUCUGCUCAAGGUGAGUCUGGGAUUACGAUGAUGUCUCAAUCGAUGGCUUAGAGAGGCCAAUAGAGAAACCAAGGUCGAGUUAAAUCCUACCCCCGUGUAUGUGUCCAAUGAUACAAAAAAAUAGAAACAUUAGAUGAUUGGAGACGAAGACGGGUGAGGGUAUGAGAAAAAGAGUACCUACUAUACUAUUGCUUGGUUUAAUCAGUAAAGAUGCAACUAUAAAGCAUCCCAGGUUCAUCGAUUUAACCCUUAUCUUUGUUUCCAUCGAUGUGUAUACUGUUGUCACCACAUACGCACAACCGUCCACCCAUCAUCGUCACCACUAAAUAGGCUCCUUUGAAAUCCUUUUGACAUCAGAUUAACUGUGUUUCACCAUCUUAUGUGUAUGCUCUUUUUGUUUUUCUUAUCUGUUCCAACUAGUUAUGCAGGUUGCUCUAGGAUGUCCGGUUAAAUAAGAACAUGGAGUGAUUGUGAGAAAUAAUUAGAUUGUUGAAGGAGUUUAUAUCUACAGGAAUAUUAAAGUAUUAUUCUCUAACCGAAGCCUUCCCUAUUUACCCACAAACUAUAAGACCCUAUACAAAUGGGUUUGUAGCAAAUUCUUUUUAUAGUGGUUUAACGGAUACUGAGUUUAUCUUUCACACUAUGGGUGGAUGAGAAGGGCUUGUAGAUAGAACUUCGACAUGUUAUAUGUCUUGAAGACUGGUGAAGGGCAGAUUUCAUUACAUAGUGAUAGUGUUGGUGCCUGAUAGUGCAAAGGAUGUAUCUGUUAGAAAACCUGCUUUCUUGAUUAUGUUGUUGGUUUUAUGUCAACAUGGGCUGCACCUUCACCUGGUCAACUCAUGGAGCUUCAUAUAGGAAAUGCUACAUGGAACAAGAACAUGCACAUAAGCAAUUCAACAUGGAAAUUGAUGCCAUUGGCAAUGCAAAGCAUGAAAACAUCGUCCAACUCCUUCAUGUAUGAGUAUGUUGACAAUGAAAAUUUGGAAAAAUGGCUGCAUGGCGGCGAUGCAGGACCUAGCAGCCCUCUGACUUGGGACAUCUGAAUUAAUAUUACUACUAGGAUUGCAAAUGCGUGCAGGAAUUACAUGAACCAGUUCGAAGGCACAGCGAAAUGCACAUAGAAAUACAACGAAGACUAACACAAUUGAAAUAACAAUUGGCGGGUUUUAUGAGAUAAUUUAACAAUCACUCGAUAAUCCAACAAAUUGUUUUUAGUUUUUUUUGUUUUAAACUAAGUUGUUAAACAUCUAGUAU